AUGUAUGUCCCACCUUACCCAUUCCUAGCAGCCAAUGGUGUAACUUUCAUGUACGUAGAAUCAGAAUGUCCGAAAUUCAACCAAGAACAUAUAUGCGAAGAAAAGAUAAAACACAUAUCUAGAGGAGACCCACAUUGCGUUGAGAGCAUCGUCAGCCACCAAACCCUGGACAAUUCAUGCCGACCUACCAAAGUAACUUUCGACAAGGAAGCGGUGGAACAGCUAGAUGAUCAGCACUAUACACUCAUCUUUCCCAAAACCAUGAAGACAGAGCUUCAGUGUGAACGACAGCAGUUCAUCAACCUCCAUGGGAGUUACCUCGCCACCAUACCACAUAAAUGCCUUUUGCGCACUGCAGAAUUCACUAUAAUCAAUAUCAACGACCGAGUGAAAGGACAACCACUACUGAUAACUGAGAUACCUCACAACUAUGACGCCAUCGAUACUAAAGAAAUUCAACACAUAAAACUCAACUCCAUCAACUUAAAAAGUCUACAGCCUAUACAAGAUAAAAUUAUAAUGCAGCAGCCAAUCAAAAUGGACCACACGGAUACAGCAAUAUACCAUACAACCAUUCCCUUGUACGGAGCUCUGGCCGUAGCAAUCGUUAUUAUUUCUUCAUACAUCCUGAAACGAUACAAAUUGAAACCGAAACCAAUAAAGAAGAUUCCUCCAUCUCAAGUAAUGACAGCUCGAAGCCAUGAAUCUGAAGAUCUUGAAAAUUCAGAACAUCAAGAUCCAAGGACAGCAACAUUUGAUCUCAAGGUGCUCAAAUAGUCGCUGAGCUGAGGGGGGAGGUGUUAUAUACCCUAACUCUAUGUAAUAUUCCGAUAUGCAAUAGGAAUUUUACCACAUAUAUACAUUGGCGUACGUGACUGUCGUGAACGCUGAGACAGCAUUUCAACACCCUAGAAACCGUGCAUUGACGUAAAUGGCACAUUGACGCACAUGAGUGCGGGGACGCCGAUUCAGCACCUUUACCUCAUGGAGCCUCAAAGCCAGCCACGGGGCCCGCACUUCUGAACUCACAUCGUCGGAAGACAGACCAGUAGCAUUAAUUAAGUUUAAGUUUCAUUGUAAUCUUUUUAAUUUUAAUACUAGUAGUAGAUUCAGUUUCGGUUUUUUUAAGACCUUAGGCUGCGACCUCCGUAAUUAAC